AUGCUGUGUGAGUCAGAUGCACGUAUGGCACUUGCCGAACCAGUCCCCACGGCUUAUUUUAAUUCGGAUCCUCAGGGGAGCUGUGAGGUGUCACUGGAUGAUGUGCUGCUCAACUCUUCAACUAGAACUGUUGAGGUCCGCAACGUUGAGACAGCUGAAGAUAAGACAGAGGGAUGUCAGAUAGACAUGCUGGGCUUCAAAGCCCCUUCACCUCCUACCUCCAGCAUGUGGACAACACGACGAGAUGGAGAGGUCAGACUGAGGAUGGAUGAACAGGGCAUAGGCAGUGAGGCACCAAAGACCGUUCAUGAGCUAUUCCGGGAAGCUGCUAGUAAAUACGGUGAUUACUAUGCCCUCGCAUCCAAGAAGGGUGGCCAGUGGAUAAAACUAACAUAUAAGAUGUACUAUGAUGAGUGCUGGAAAGCAGCAAAAAGCUUUCUGAAGCUGGGACUGGAGCGUUUUCAUGGAGUGUGCAUCUUGGGAUUUAAUUCUGCAGAGUGGUUUAUUGCUGACAUCGGAGCUAUCCUUGCAGGUGGAUUUGCUGUUGGUAUCUACACUACAAACUCUCCUGAGGCCUGUCAUUAUGUAGCAGACAACUGCAGUGCUAAUGUUCUGGUUGUGGAAAACCAUAAACAGCUGCAGAAAAUCUUAGAAAUUCAGCAUCAACUACCUCAUCUGAAAGCUAUUAUCCAGUAUGGGGAAGAGCUAAAAGAGAAGAGACCAAAUCUGUACUCUUGGAGUGAGUUCAUGGACCUUGGCAAAGAUGUUCCAGAUACUCAGCUCCGUGAAAUCAUUGAGUCGCAGAAGCCUAACCAGUGCUGUACAUUAAUAUAUACCUCAGGGACAACCGGACAGCCAAAGGGAGUAAUGCUCAGUCAUGACAACUUGACGUGGACGGCAUCGGCGGCAGGGCGCUUCAUAAUGCUGUCAGAUGCUAAAGAAAAGCAGGAACUGGUGGUCAGCUAUCUGCCCCUCAGUCAUAUUGCUGCACAGAUGUCGGAUAUUUGGUCGGCGAUGACGUUCGGUGUACAAGUUUUCUUUGCUCAACCAGAUGCAUUAAAGGGCACCUUGGUAGACACACUGCGGGAAGUGAGACCAACUGCCUUUUUGGGAGUUCCUCGUGUCUGGGAAAAAAUGGAAGAAAAAAUGAAAUCCAUAGGUGCAAAAUCGUCAGCACUCAGAAGAAAAGUGGCAUCAUGGGCCAAGGGAGUUGGGUUGCAGACAAAUCUGAAGCGGAUGAAUGGAUAUUCUGAAGUCCCCGUGAACUUCCGCUUAGCCAGGCACUUGGUGUACAAGAAAGUGCGAAAAGCCAUUGGGCUGGACCGAUGCACAAAGUGCUACACGGGGGCUGCUCCCAUUACCAGAGAGACGCUGGAAUUUUUUUUAAGUCUGAAUAUUCCUGUGUUUGAGCUGUACGGCAUGAGCGAGAGCUCUGGGCCUCACACGAUCUCUCUACCUCACGCGUUCAAGCUCACCAGCUGUGGAAAGGAAGUCACAGGCUGCCAGACGCUGAUUCAUAAGCCAGAUAGAGAUGGCAACGGGGAGAUCUGCUUCUCGGGAAGGCACAUCUUCAUGGGCUAUUUGAACAUGGAAGAAAAAACCAAAGAGGCAAUUGAUGAAGAUGGCUGGCUGCACUCGGGUGACCUUGGCAAGCACGAUAAAGAUGGAUUCCUCUACAUCACCGGCAGAAUUAAAGAGCUCAUCAUCACUGCGGGAGGUGAGAACGUUCCUCCCGUUCCAAUCGAGGAUGCUGUGAAAGAUGCUGUUCCCAUCAUCAGCAAUGCAAUGUUGGUUGGAGACAAAGCAAAAUUCCUUGCUAUGCUUCUAACGCUAAAGUGCAAGGUAGAUGUAGAAACUGGCGAGCCAGGAGAUGAUCUCACUCCAGAAGCUAUUGAGUACUGUCAGAAACUGGGCAGCAAGGCGACAAAAGUCUCCGAAAUCAUCAGCAGCAAAGACAAGGCUAUCUACGCGGCUAUCCAGAAGGGAAUUGCGGCAGUCAACGAGGGAGCUGUCUCCAAUGCUCAGAAAGUCCAGAAGUGGGUCCUUCUGGAGAAGGACUUUUCUGUCUUUGGUGGGGAGCUUGGCCCAACAAUGAAGCUGAAGAGACCAGUGGUGGCACAGAAGUACAAAGACCAAAUCGCUCAGUUUUACGCAGAUGCGGAUACACCGACUGCAACAGAGAACGCCCUUCGGCAGUAG